ACAUGGCGACGUGAUUGGCGAUUGUUCGGUGUGGGUUGGUUCCUAAUUUUAAGUGAAUUUCGCGCAGACCACCGUUUCCAGAUCACUUGAAUCCUGUCGCGAGGAUCUAUAUCGUGUCACUGAGGCCCGCGAGUGCGACUGUGCGUGACCCGGCGGCGUGUGAGGGUGGCGAGAAAAGUGCGGAGUCUCCACGCACACAGGCGGACGGCCAGUUACGUCAAGUCCGAUAGAGAAUUCAAGUGCAUUCCCAGCGAAAUUCCAGAAGUGCACACAGACUCGCGGGCCGAGAGAAAUCUACUCUCGAUGGUCAGCAAAGUGGAUCCCGGGCGAUUUCUCAUCUGAUCAGCCGACUUGAGAUUGAGGAGGGGUUGCGCAACAGGGCUUCCGGGGCCCCACGAUGGAGACCAUGGAGUACGAGCUGGCGCGCAACAUGACGCUGCUGUUCUUCCUGGAGCGCCUCCUGGACAAGGGGGAGCCGCGCACCCUCCAUGAUCUCUCGUGCCAGUUCGGCGCCAAGGGAUUCACGCGGGAGAUGCGACAGAUCGCCGGAGGGAGUCAAUCAGGUCUGAAGAAAUUCCUGGCCAGCUAUCCGGCGCUGUUCUACAUCAACGGAGACUAUGUGCACGUCAACACGUACUUGUCGGCGUCCCCGGACGAUCCCACGGGCGCUCCCAGUCGCGACUACACGCAGGAGGCGAAGGAGUACUUCAAGAACAAGCUGCUGAUGUACGGACUGGGCACUGAGGUGCCCAUCCGCAGUCUUCUGGGCCAUCGCAGUCAGGCUUCGCCGCAGGUGCGCCACAUCUCGGGGCAGCACAUCAAGGAGUUCACGGACUUCCUGUGCAAACAUCCGGACGUGUUCACUGUGAUUGAUGAGCACGUGAUGCUGGUGGAGACGGAAGAUCUCAAGGAUAUUCCGGCUGGAGAGCGCCUCCAUCUGCCACAACCCUCAAUCGAUACAAUUGCCACGCAACAGUUGCUCGACUUUUUUGCUCACUGGAUCGAAAACAAAGGGCCAAUUCUUGUUGAUCAGCUCUUCCAUAUGGUGACUUCCAAGUUUCCUGAGGAGAUGUGGCUGCGGAUGUUCAAGACACCGAGUGAUCUGUCGACAUUCCUGAAACUCUUCUCAGAUUGCUUCCACAUUCAAUCAAAUCUAGUCACACUACUGCAGAAGCCACGACUGUCCGAUGCUCACAUUCAGCAGGCUCAGGCCAGAGCCAGGGAUCAGUUCAAUAACAAUGCCACAAGGACGAUGUCGCCACAAAUGAGACUGCAGAACAACAAUACUGUGGCGCAGACGGUGGGGGAUUUCAAGCUGAAUGAGCCGGUGACGAGUAACAGCAGCAAUUCGCCGACCGCGAGCAACAAGAGCGAACCAAAUAGUGGAUUUGACAGUCUGGUCCACGACAAUGAUGCCAAAUUGGACAGCUUGUGCGACAGGAAUUGCCCCAGUGGGGCCAUUGGAUCGUACUACACAAGCUCCACGCCGCCGGCUACUGCUCCGCACAAUCCGCCGGCUGUGCAACCUGCGCCGGAGAAGCCCUCGGCGAAGAACCAGACGUUGAAGCAGCGCAUCAACAGUCUGGUGAUCAAAACGCUGGCCGAGAACUUGGAGAAGGACAAGCAAGCGAUGAGUGCUCUUCAGGGCGGAGCGACAGCCAAUGAUGGCAAGUCGCAGAACUCGAGUCCGGUCCAUGUGAACAACUACUUUGUGGGUGACACGUGGAAGAUCAAGGUGUUGCAGAAUACGCGCGUGAUUGCCACAAUCAAGGAGUGUCUCUUCGUCACUGAAGCCAUACUCAAGUCGGCGGUGAAUGAUCAAGUGGUGAUCAGUUUCGACUGUGAGGGCAUCAAUUUGGGCGCCAAAGGGCAGCUGACGCUCGUGGAGAUUGGCACAACGCGUGGCGAGGCGUUUAUCUUCGAUAUACUCUCGUGUCCGGAAAUGGUGGUUGACGGAGGACUGAAGAACCUCCUCGAGAGUGAGAAUGUCAUCAAGAUAAUUCACGAUUGUCGCAAUGAUUCCAUCAAUCUGUACAACCAAUUCAACAUACUGCUGAGGAAUGUGUUCGACACCCAAUCGGCUCAUGCGAUUCUGCAGCUUCAGAAUCACGGGAAGCAGGUGUACAAGGUGAAGAAUGUGUCACUCAACACACUGUGCGAGAUGUACGGCGCCCCGAUAAAUCCAAUGAAGGAUCAGCUGAAGAAUGUAUAUCGGAGGGAUCAGAAGUACUGGGCCAGGAGGCCGCUGUCGCGCGAUAUGCUCCUCUAUGCCGCCGGUGAUGUCCUCGUGCUGAUCAAUGAGCAACUCUAUGCAGCCAUGGCAAGUGCCAUAUUGCCGGAAUAUCGUGGAUUGUUGUCUGAACUGUGCACAGAACAGAUUCUAAUGCUAAUCCGUCCAAUUGAGGUGAAGAUGAGGAAGAAGCAGAGGAAAAUUAGCACCGAAGUGGCUGAUUUGCGUGCUAAAUUGUCACAGUCGAGCAAUAAGAACAUAGUUUUAAGUAACCGAGAAAUUCGUCUUUUGCGCUAUCUGGACUUGACGGAGGAGGAGAAGGAAAAGCUCAAGGGAUCGUACAAGGUGGCUAAGAAGUUGGAGAAGCUGGAGAAUUUGGGACAAGAUCGCGAUCAAAGUGACUCAGAGGACGAUGGUGAGGUUGCUGAGCAGGAGUACGCGAGCCUCGACAGUGUUCCAUCGGACAAUUCCUUGCCCGGCGCUGGAACAUUCUCCCCGCGAAAUUCCGAGCCACCGAGUCUCACGGAAUCAAUGCAGCUAAUGGAUGAGAUACUAUCGGACACGACAAUGGACAGAAUGGCGAAGAUUGAUAAGCUUGAGGCCAUUCUAUCGGCAGCUACACUUCUUCCCAGUGAUCCGGUCUUCUCGCAGACUCCUGACCAGAUACUCUCGGCCACCAGUGCUAUUUUGAACGCCAACAACGAAAACAAUCUCAAGAAUCAAGUGCAUCGCGAGGCAGAGAAUCGAAGCUCUGGCAAGUGCUGCCAAUGUUCAUGUCACGAUAAGGCGCCGGGUCGCGGUGUGAAUCGACAGAAGUUGGUGAUGAAGCAAGAUGAGGCUUGUCAGACGCUCAGCACCGGUGAUAUUGUGAUAACGAAGAUAUUCUUCAAGGAGGACCAAGAGAAGGCACAGGAGAAAAUCCUCACAUCGUCACUGAAGAAGAAUACAAACUAAAUGUGUUGGGCUUCCGAUGAAAUUCAGCGCUGAUACGGUGAGCAAUAGUAGGUAAUA